AUGAACAAUCCAAAUGACAAUGCUUAUGUGGAAUGUAAGGGGAGCAAAUCAAAGAUACAAACGAAGGAGUUAGCUAAAUACAUCAAAGACAAACAUAUAUCUCUAGCUGGAUUAGUGGAAACCAGAAUUAAGCAUCAUAAAGCUUCUGUGGAUGUAGUACUAACGGAUGCUCAGUUUAUACACUGUAAUAUUAUUAGCACUAAUAUCUGUUGUGCUAUGACUAUGAUAUAUGGAUACAACAGUGUAGACAUGAGAAAAGGAAUGUGGCAAAAACUUAGGAUGCUGGCUCAGUCUAUAAAUCAACCAUGGCUCAUAUGGGGGGACUUCAAUGCAGUCAUGUCUAUUCAAGAUAGAGUAUCAAGGCAUGAAGUAACAAUGGCUGAUAUUCAAGAUUUUGCAGAUUUUUAUUCUGAUACCAUGACUACUGGAAUUCCUUGGAGGGGAGAUUACUUCACAUGGACAAAUGGUCAAAUGGGAGUGGAUAGAGUAAUUAGUAAAAUUGAUAGAGCCUUGGGAAAUGGUGAAUGGAUGAUGAAAUUCUUGAAUAUUUGGGCUAAUCAUGAGGCAUUCCAAAGUAUAGUUACUAAGGGAUGGCAAGGGAAGCAACAAUAUUGCAAGCUAGCAACCAUCUGGAACAGAUUGAAAGCUAUGCAAGCAGACUUUAAGAAUUUGAAUAACAAGAAUUUUAGGAAUGCAACAAUGAAAAUUGAACAAGCAAGAAGGGAUAUAAUUGAAUGUCAGCAAGAGAUGAAGAAAGGAUACACACAUCAACUAAGGAUGAUGGAGAAGGAAGCUAGAGAUAAACUAGAAAAAUGGUCACUCAUUGAAGAAAAGAUAUUUCAGCAAAAAUCAAGAGCCCAAUGGAUCAAAACAGGUGAUGGAAACAACAAGUACUUAUUUGCAGUGAUGAAAGAAAGAGCAUGCAGGAAAAACAUUACAACCUUAACAGCAUUGAAUGGUACAAUCCUGACAGAGCCUAAGAGUAUUAAGAGGGAGAUUGUAGCGUUUUACAAAUCUCUUAUGGGGACUGCUGCUAAUUAG